ACAACUACCUUCUCCCUCCUUCCUUCCUACCUCCAUUGGAUUCCACAGCCGUCACGCUGUCCUUCACGGCUCCUAUACCUUCCCGAGCUCUUUCUCUCUCCUUCAAAUAGUUCAUCACUAGCACAGAGAGAAGACAGAGAGAGAGUGGCCUCUUAUGGAUUCUCUCUCAUCAGUCUCGCCUUCAAUCAUCCUUCCUCCUGGAAAUCCCCUGCGUCACCACCACCACCAUCGCUGGCGGCGGAUCGGCCUCCCGUUCUCAUGCCGGAAACAAGAGCGUCUUCUCUCCUCCUUUUCCGGUCAGCCGUACUAUAUGGAAUCUGGCAGGAGAAGGUGUAUGGGAGUGUUUGGUAAAUUGAGCAGCGGGGGAGAAGAGGAGAGAGAAGAAGAUGGAGAGGAUGGGAGAGAUGAGGAGGUGGAGAGGGCACUUCACAUGGACGGGACAAUUCCGGUGACUUCCGAUGAAUUCGUUAAGCGAGUCUCUUCGCGCGCUUACAACAUGCGUAGACAUUUAGAACAGACAUUCGAUAGCAGCAGCUACGAUGUAUUGGAGGCCAAUCCAUGGAGAGAAACUUCAAAACCAGUAUAUGUACUAACCCAAAGGGAAAAUCUGUUGUGCACAAUGAAAACUCGAAGAAAUCGCAGUGAAGUUGAAAGAGAGCUUGGGCUUCUUUUUUCCAAAGGUGAGAAGCGGAGAAAUCAGGCCAAGCAGUCAGUAAGUGGCACAAAGUUUCCAAUGCUUGUUGAGGAUGUCAGGGAGGGAGUCCUUGUAUUUGAAGACCAGAAUGAAGCUGCAAGAUAUUGCGACUUACUGGAGGGAGGAGGUCAAGGUUGUGAAGGUGUUGCAGAGAUAGAAGCUUCAUCAGUAUUUGAUCUUUGCCGGAACAUGAGGGCUCUUGCAGUUCUGUUCCGUAGAGGGAGGACACCUCCUCUACCGGAAAGCCUUAAGCUCAACUUGAAGGCUCGCAAGCGAUCUCUAGAAGACCAAGAGGACUUAAUAUGAAGUAAAAGUUCCUCCUGAGCUGCACAAGACUGCAUGAGACAUUGUGUGGUCGAAGCUGCACCAAAAAAAAAAAAAAAAUUUAAAAAAAUUACUGGAUACUGUAAUAUAAUUUAUUGUCUUUAAAGUUGUAACGAUUUAGAAAUGAAUGUAUGGGACUGUCUAACAAUCAUCAUUAUUACAGUGAUAAAAAGCUUAUAUUUGGGAAGAAUCUGGAUAAGUUAGUAGCAUCCGGCUCCUCUGCUACUAAUUUUUAACAGCAGAAGUGUUCUUGAUUAAAACAAUAUCGUUUUGUACA